AUGGAUUUUACAGAGGCCUACCACCUCUCGACGGCGCCGACGUCGGCAUGCACGUACGGCUAUUCGCCGGGCUCUACCUUCCUCUUAACUGCUUACAGCAACGCGUUGCGGUCGACAUCGAUGGUACAAGUGCGCUAUUCAGAGACACUUCAGGUUGUACGGACAUGGAGCCUUCCUUUCGUUGCGGUGGCAGCUAGCUGGAGCCGAGAUGGAGCAUAUAUUCUCGCAUCGGCCAAGCAACACUUCGUUGUGCUAGCUCUGGAUCCAAAGAAGUGCCCGCAAUCUGAAGAUGACUCGGGUAUCGUUGCAAGCAUUCGGGUGGGCUACGAGGGUUUGGCAUCUGCAGUUUGGUGCGGACAAGGCAUGGUCGCCUCGUUUAGUCUCGAUGAGGUGUCUGUGUCCCUAUAUAAUCUCAAUGACGGCAGCGUGACCAUAAUCGAGCACCCGAAAAGACAAAGAGCAGCAAGCACGUCUCCGGUCUCCGAUCAUGUGGCCAUAUUGACACGCCAGGAAUCCAAAGAUACGGUCGUCAUGUUGCGGCCCAAUGCCAAAGACACAACAAACCGAGACACGUCUCAAAGCUCAUGGCACUUCUUCACUGCAAUGAGCGAUGCAGCUGGCCUCUUGUGGUCUCCAAAUGGCCGUCUCAUAGCAGUCUGGGAUCAUCCACUGGAGUUCAGGCUGCAGAUCUUUACACCCCUCGGUCAUCCACGCGCCACCUUUGCGGUCCACACUGGCGUCGAUGUACCCUUCUCCCCUAUCAGCAAUGAACCGAGCACCUGUUGGGCUGCAGGUCAAAAGUCUGACGAGGCCGCCGCAGUGACUGGAGGAGGUCUGGGCAUCCGCUGCGUCAGGUGGCGUCCAGACUCUUCGCUUCUUGCAGUUGGAGAUUAUGACGAAAAGAUUCGUUUCCUUGAGACCGAUGAGUGGAACGAAGUAGCCACCCUGGACCUUUCCAAACGUGUCAUCGAGGCCCAUGCAAAUUUGCCCUCAAGACCCCACGUCUGGAGGGAGCAGCACGCUUGGAGAGGGGAUACGGGUGGUCGAGGCAUUGUGACUCUCAGUCUAGCUCAUCUACCAAUCUCUCCUGCCGCAUUGCGACCGGACACGAUCAAAGGUAAUCCAAGGGCGGGUAUUUGUUGGAUGGAAUGGAGCCCCGACGGUACUUUGCUGGCUGUCCGAAAUGACGUCGUUCCUGCGGCUGUCUACAUCUACGCUUUGGCGCCCCUUUCGGCCUCAUCGCCCGACAAAACGCCUCGUGCGUAUUUGCAUUCGGCCGUGAUCCUGAGCCAGACUGUGCGAAAAGCGGUCUGGAGGCUGUCGCAACGCUCCUCACUUUCGGAACUUGUCAUCGUCUGUGGGACGGAGGCCCUCUACCUUUGGAGACUGCUCAGCGAGGGAGAGAUCUGCGAGGGGAUUCCGAUCCCGAUUGCCUCUUUCCGCGCGGCCGACGUCGUCAUAUCACCGGACGGGACAAAAUUAAUGCUCGUGAGCGAGAACGAGACGUACUGCUGCGCCAUCGACUCGGAUGGCGGCACCUUAAUCGAUCGAGGCGAUGACAGUAAGAGCAGGAGCAUGUAA